CUUGUAGAAAUGGCAUUGUGUUUAGAUCGAUAAAAAGGCACUCUGCUUCACAACACCUUUGUCUUUUAGAUCGAUAAAGGGUCUUUUGUUUCACCAUACUAUUGUUUUGUAUAAACCUUUGAUAUGCACACUAUUUGUUUGAUUUUCUCACAUGAUUUCUCUGGUGCUUCUCACUAACAUUAGCUAAGAUUUAUUAUUUUACCAGAUAUCUACGUUUCCUGUUCAUGACCCUUGUAAGAACUUUUUACUUAAGAAGUUUGUAUGACCAUUGGAUACCUUUUAUGGGCUUCAUAUCAAUAUAUCAUGGCCAUGUUAGAAAAGGAACACUUCAUUUUGCACUAAUCAUUUUUUGUGCUCGUCUUCACAUGUUUCUUGUAAUGCCAUUUUGAUUUCAGUCUUUCUUGAUGUACUUCAUUUUAUUGCAUUCUGCUGUAAAUUAAUGCUUUCUUCAAUCUUCAGAGGUUUUUCUGGAACAUCCAUAUAGACACGUAUAAUAGACAUUAACUAUAAUGUUAACCUUAUAUAGACACUAACUGUGCUAAUGUAGAGUAAUCAUUCUGAGUUGAUUGAUAGUUUAGUGUGAAAACCAUCAAACACUCCCUCAGGGUUAACACAUAUAAUUCUUAAACGGCUACUGUUCCCUUCCAAAAUUAUUCUUUUCUUUCAUCCCUAUUUCCUGGUGUCAUUUUACCAUACUUCUGCCAGUCCCAUGUUCAGAGUUUCAUUUACCUGUGACGGUGUUGUGCUUUGGUACACAGGUUUGGGCAUGAGUGGAUAUGUUUCUAAGAGCCAGAUUUGUCUUACUAGUAAAUCUUAGGCUAGGAGGACUCUACUAACAUGGAUUUGGCCACUGGUGGAUGGGUGCUUGGAAACAUCAUACAUAACAAUUAUCUCCAAUUUCUAAGUGAACAAGUUAAAUUUUAUUGGCAUUCCCUCUGAAGAAAACCCGAACUUCACCUUCAGAGGAAGCAACUAUGCUACCUACAGGAUCAAGAGAAACCCAAAUCCGUGAGAGCAACCAGAAGGUCCAUCCUCAACCCCUUGAAGAAACCAUGAAUCAGAGUCAGGAACCUGUGGAUGCCCUGAUAUCCAAAAUCUUUGUGAACAUUUCCUCUUUAAAAUCAGCCUACAUCCAGCUCCAAGCAGCCCAUACUCCUUAUGACCCAGACAAGAUCCAAGAUGCUGACAAACUUGUAAUUGCGGAACUCAAGAACCUCUCUGAACUCAAACACUCGUUCAGGGAGACCAAUCCCAAACCUGAUAUUAUUUCUCCUCAGGACUCCCGUUUAGCUGCUGAAAUCCAAGAACAGCAGAAUCUGUUGAAUACCUAUGAGGUAAUGGUGAAGAAAUUCCAGUCCCAGCUGCAAAUUAAAGAUUCUGAGCUUCUUCAGUUGCAGCAGCAGAUUGAAGAAUCAAAGCAGAAACAGGUGAGACUGGAGAAGAAGCUCAAGUUCAGGGGCUUGCCAGCCAAAGAAUCUGAAGAUUUGGGAGAUGAUAAUGAGUUCUUCUCCAUGGACUUGACUCCAGAUCUCUUCUCCUCAGCUGUGGAGGCUGCUUACAGAGCCAUCCAUGAUUUCUCUAAGCCAUUGAUCAACAUGAUGAAAGCUGCAGGAUGGGAUCUUGAUGGAGCAGCCAACUCCAUUGAAACAGCAGUUGUUUAUGCGAAGAGGGCCCAUAAGAAGUAUGCCUUUGAAUGCCACAUAUGCCAAAGAAUGUUCAGUGGGUUUCAAGAUGAGAGCUUCUUGGUCAAAUCAGAUAAUCUUACAGUAACUAAAGAGGGAUUCUUCCAUCAGUUCCUGACCUUGAGAGCAAUGGAUCCCUUGGACAUUCUGAGCCAAAACCCUGAUUCUAUUUUUGGGAAAUUCUGCCGCAGCAAGUACCUACUGGUUGUUCAUCCAAAGAUGGAGGCUUCUUUCUUUGGGAAUUUGGAUCAGAGGAACUACGUGAUGGGUGGUGGGCAUCCAAGGACACCUUUCUACAAGGCUUUUCUGAAACUGGCCAAAUCUAUAUGGCUUUUGCAUAGGCUAGCAAAUGCUUUUGAUCCCAACGUCAAGGUUUUUCAGGUUAGAAGUGGAAGUGAAUUCUCAGAUGUUUACAUGGAAAGUGUGGUAAAAAAUGUGGUGCUGGAUGAUAGCAAUCAGAUUCUCAAGGUCGGUUUGAUGGUUAUGCCUGGUUUUUGGAUUGGGGGGAGUGUAAUCCAGUCCCAGGUUUACAUCUCAGGCAUGAAGUGUGCUGAAUGACUGGCCUGGAUCUGAAAUCAAAUUCUCCAUGAGAAAUGUUAUUCGUGUGCUUGUUUAGAUGCUUUUACUUUGUAAUAUAUCUUUGCAAAUGGAAUUGAAAUGUUCAGUUAUCUAAAUCCUUUUCAAGAGGAUUUGAAUUGUUUUCCCACUAUCAUCAAGUGUUGAUGUAUACAUUGAUGCUGCCCUUUCUUAAUAGUGUAACGAUAUAUGUAUUACUUUCA